CGUGUCGGAGUGCUAGAGAGGCAACUGGACUUAAAGCGUCUGUCAUCUGUCAGCCUGCACGGCUUAGUGUCUCGCGAGAGAAGCCGCAAUCGCUUGACGAGAUCUGAGGGACUCAGGUGUAGGAGCUCUUCUCAUCCCAGCAGUAGGAAACAGCGAACAGACGAGUGCGACUGGGGCUGCAAGCAUCACCGAUCCGCAAUUAUGAUGUCCAUGAACAGCAAACAACCACAUUUUGCCAUGCAUCCGACUUUACCUGAACACAAGUACACCACUCUUCACUCCAGCUCGGAGGCGAUACGGAGAGCCUGCCUGCAGACUCCACAGCUGCAGAGCAACAUCUUUGCCAGCCUAGAUGAGACGCUCCUGGCCCGCGCCGAAGCCCUGGCAGCCGUGGAUAUCGCAGUGUCUCAGGGCAAGACCCAUCCCUUCAAGCCUGAUGCGACUUACCACACGAUGAGCAGCGUGCCGUGCUCGUCGACCUCCACCGUGCCUCUCGCCCACCAUCAUCACCACCACCACCAUCACCAUCACCAGAACCUUGAACCCCCAGACCUCAUGGAGCACAUUAGCUCGCCUUCUCUGGCCUUAAUGACCGGUGGACACGACGGGACCGGAGGUGGCGGAGGCGGCGGUGGUGGGGGAGGACUGAUUUCCACCUCUGCCCAUCCGCACUCACACAUGCACGGCCUGGGCCAUCUUUCCCACCAGGCUGCUAUGAAUAUGAAUUCCCCCCUUACGCAUCACGGGCUUUUACCUGGCCAUCACGGAAGUUCCCAGAGCACGCCAGGACUCCCCACAAACGGACUUGCCUCCAUUACCGACUCAGACACCGAUCCAAGGGAAUUAGAGGCGUUUGCAGAGCGGUUUAAGCAAAGAAGAAUAAAGCUCGGUGUAACCCAAGCGGACGUUGGUGCUGCGCUUGCCAAUCUGAAAAUCCCCGGUGUGGGCUCCUUAAGUCAAAGUACGAUUUGUCGCUUCGAGUCAUUAACUCUUUCGCACAACAACAUGAUAGCGCUUAAACCUAUUCUUCAAGCAUGGCUGGAAGAGGCUGAGGGAGCGCAAAGAGAAAAAAUGAGCAAACCUGACAUUUUUAACGGGGGAGAAAAGAAGCGUAAGAGGACAUCGAUAGCAGCCCCGGAAAAAAGAUCUUUAGAGGCAUACUUUGCUGUUCAGCCUCGACCGUCGUCAGAGAAGAUAGCAGCAAUAGCAGAGAAACUGGACCUCAAAAAGAACGUGGUGCGCGUAUGGUUUUGUAACCAAAGACAAAAACAAAAGCGGUUAAAAUUUUCUGCUACCCAUUAACUGACUGAAAAAUAGUUGCUUUUGACCGUGUUUUGGGACCAAGGAGCAUCCAAAUAAAUAUAAAUUUCUGUCUUCCUUUUAACGAAGGCUUUAAACGUGGUAUAUUAAUGGAACCGGUUGUAUAAGGCUUAUUAUUACGAUAUGUUUUAUUUAUUUACUUUCUCCCCAGUCAUCUUCGUUUCACUGAUGAAUGUGAAGUAUGCAAAUGUUUGCUGGUUCAGUAUAUACCCCAUUCUUGGUUGGUUGGAUAAAAAGUCCUCUGAAUUUUAUUUAAUUUAUGUAUUUCUUUUUAAUGUGGUAAUAUGCUUUCAUAUAAUGUGUGUCUAUUAAAUUGCUAAACAUUGUAAAAAAAAAAUAAGGUUAUCUGUUUGUUACCUUAUUAUUUGCAACUGUAAAGUUCAUUUGCUAGCUUGGUUAUUUAUUUAUGUGAUUACAUAAAUAAAUAAACAACGUUUGAAAUUGCAUUGUUCUAACAUUUAAAAAUCCAUCAAAUAUUGGUCUCAACUUUCAGUGUUGCCCGUAAUCCGCGUAACUUUUCUCCCUGGUCAAUAUUUCGAAGAUUUGCAUGAUUAUAAAAAGAGCUCCAAACGUAGAAAUGGCCACUCCUAUCAUACCACUGUAAAAUGACCUUGGUUGCGACCGCAGAAAUUUACUUUGAAUUUGCACUAAGAUAUAUAGUUAUUUAGGUUAUGUUCAUUAGCUAGAUAUGUUAAUAUGGUUAACUGUAUAUAUGUAUGACACCUUCUCAGAAUUCAGAAUCUGAAUCCCAAGUUAAAAUAAAAAACAUGGAUAAAUGGAUACGGAAUUUUAAAAUAAAAAAAUGGAUCUUUAACCUGCACGAUUCAGUUUUAUUAAGUUAUUCAAAAAAUUAUUAUUUCUUAUUUUUCCGAUGGCAUGUGGCAGAACACUUUUGUAUCCUAUAAUUUACAGUGCAAACAUUUUGUGCAUUCAAAUAACUAUAUAAGCACUAGCG